AUGACUGUUGAUGAAGUGUUGUUAAGAGUAACGUUUCAGGUGGUAAAGGAACGCGAUAUACCAUAUGCGGCGAUGAUUGGUAAUGAUGUGCUUAAAGACGUGGAGUUAGUCUUUAGGGAAGGUAGCGUUGAGUUCAGGAAACCAACGAAAACUGCUGAGAUGGCAGUGGAGAAAGUUGUAGCUGGGAUGGCUACAGUAGGUGCGCAGAGCUCAUGUGUUGGUGCGGAAGUGGUUGUGUCAGUCCACGCCAAGGCAAGUCGUCCUAUUGAUGAUCAGAGUAAGGUUUUCAGUAAACAAACAGGAGAUACCAAAGAUACAUCAUGCAAUAAAGUGGAUCUCGCGCAUUUAGGGGAAUGUGAAUCAAAGGCGGUAGCGAAACUGAUUAAUGAAUAUAGUCCAAUGAAACCAGUUAGUACACCGAUGCAGAUGAAACUGAUUUUAACGGGCGAUAAUCCAGUACACCAGAGACCGCGUAGGGUGUCACAUGCGGAUCGGCGCUAUAUAGACGACCUGGUAGCUAGCAUGCUUAACAAAGGAAUUAUACAAAAUAGCACGUCUGAGUACGCAUCACCAGUUGUGCUGACCACAAAGAAAAACGAGACGAAACGGUUUGGUUGCGAUUUUCGGAAAGUUCACGAAAAGAUUUUUAGGGAUAAUUUUCCAAUGGCUUUGGUAGAUGAAGCGUUGGAUAAGUUGCAGGGUGCAAACAUAUUUACCACACUUGACUUAAAAAAACGUAUUUUAUCACGUACCAGUAGAACCGGACUCACGUAA